UGCAGGUCUAGUUGUUGAGCCGCUUCUGGUUGUUGAGCAGAGCAAAGCUGAAACCUCACAGCUCAGCUGUCAGCUCCAACGUUCCAUCUUCCUCGGAAACUCCGAAGGAACCGGGACAACAACAAAGGUCGCGUCUUUGGAGAAACCAUCACAUGCGCGCUCUCCUCCAUUGCCGCCACCACCACCACCAUCAUCACCCACUUCGCUCUCCCAUUCCUCUCGCCAACAUGAGCUCCCUCUCGCUCCCUCUCCCCUCCUCCGCCGCUUCUUCCCCGCGAUGCCUCCUCCUCCUCGCCGCCGCCGCCGCCGCCCCCGACCCCUCCUUCAAGCCGUCCCUGUUCUUGCGCUUGUCCGGCGCGCCCCGAAAUGGGUCCCCCGGCCUCCGCCUCGGGAAGGUGGGUCGCCGAUCCAGGGCCUUCAUGGGCGUCUCCGCCGGAACCCAGAAGGCCGUCGACGACGGAUUGUUUCUUGAUUACAAGUCCUCCACCGCUUUCUUGUUCCCCGGUCAGGGUGCACAAGCAGUUGGAAUGGGAAAAGAUUCCCAGAGUGUGCCUGCCGCCGCAGAAUUAUACAAGAAGGCAAAUGACAUAUUGGGGUAUGAUCUUCUAGAUGUUUGUAGCAAUGGUCCAAAAGAAAAAAUUGAUUCAACUGUUAUAAGUCAGCCAGCCAUCUAUGUCACAAGUCUGGCUGCAGUUGAAAUACUACGUGCUCGGGAAGGAGGUCAACAGAUAAUCGAAUCUGUUGAUGUUACUUGUGGGUUAAGCUUGGGAGAAUACACUGCUCUAGCAUUUGCUGGAGCUUUCAGCUUUGAGGAUGGGCUUAAAUUGGUCAAACUACGAGGAGAAGCAAUGCAGGAAGCUGCUGAUGCAGCUAGGAGUGCUAUGGUCAGUGUCAUAGGUUUGGAUUCAGAGAAGGUCCAACUGUUGUGUGAUGCAGCUAAUGAAGAAGUUGAUGACGAAAAUAAAGUGCAGAUUGCAAAUUACCUCUGUACUGGCAAUUAUUCAGUCUCUGGAGGCUUGAAAGGAAUAGAAGCAGUAGAAGCUAAAGCAAAGUCGUUUAAGGCUCGGAUGACGGUGCGUCUAGCUGUUGCUGGUGCUUUCCACACAAGCUUUAUGAAACCAGCAGUCUCUAGAUUGGAAGCUGCAUUGGCUGCAACAGAAAUUAAGACUCCUAGAAUACCAGUCAUAUCCAAUGUUGAUGCGAAACCACAUGCUGAUCCAGACACAAUUAAGAGGAUAUUAGCCAAUCAGGUGACUUCUCCCGUUCAGUGGGAAACGACAAUCAAGACUCUGCUUACGAAAGGGUUGAAGAAGAGUUACGAAUUAGGUCCUGGAAAGGUGAUAGCUGGUAUUGUCAAGAGAAUGGACAAGACUGCUGAGGUCGAAAAUAUCGGUGCUUGAAACCUUUGAUAGGUCCUAGAAUUUAUUGCUGCAAUUUUGUCUUCUCAUGCGGCUUCUCAGCGCGCAGAGCUGCAGUUUCUUGCUUGACCUGAUAUGAGUCAUGAAGAGCUCGAGGUCCCUUCUCUUUGCUCAUCUCUGUUUUUCCUCCCUUUGACCCAAUUCUUGAUUGGAUACAGAGGAACUAGAUUUACCAGCACUUGCUUUGUAUGAAAGAUAAUAUUAGAUAAAAAGUCUGAACCCUGAAGGGAGUAACAAAGAGUUAAUUGCUUUAUUACACAUUCUACUGAAUAAUCAUCUUCUCUUUCGUA